AUGGCAAGCCCUCGAACUCGACGAGUGAUAAAAGAUUUGCGAGUGAUUAACGAAAAUAAUUUUUGCUUCGAAUGUGGUGCAAGCAAUCCACAGUGGGCCAGUGUAACAUAUGGUAUUUGGAUAUGUCUCGAUUGCUCUGGAUUACAUCGUGCUCUUGGUGUUCACAUCAGUUUCGUGCGUUCCCUGAGUAUGGAUAAGUGGAAAGAAAGCGAACUAAAUAAGAUGAAAGUUGGAGGUAAUAAGCAUGCAAAAGAUUUUUUUGAAUCUCAACCAGAUUUCCAACUGAAUUGGUCUCUUCAGCAAAAGUACAACUCCAAGGCUGCGGCUUUAUUGCGAGAUAAAAUAUUGGCUCUAUCUGAGAAUCGUGAAUGGUCUGUGAAGACGUCGUCAGCAAACAACUAUACACCACCUCGUUUUCCAUCUAAUCGCAAUUCGUCGAAUAACAGUCAUUUUAUGAAUGAUAAUACUAAUCGGUACGCUGAAAGUGAGAGUCGAUAUCAAGGUUUCGGUAAUACAGCAUCGGAUGUAAAUGCAGAUGGUGAUAUAUUGAGCGAUGCGAUGUCGUCUUUAUCAGUGGGUUGGAAUAUGCUGAGUAAAGGUGCAUCAACAGCUGCAUAUUAUGCAAAAGAUAUCGGUUCGCACGCAACUGCGAAGGCAACUGAACUUGGUGGAACCGUCACUGAAAAGGUGCGUGAUUCAACUUUGAUCAGUAAUACAAGUCUUGGCAGUAUUGCUCAAAGAGCAACUGAGCUCGGUUCACGAUCUUGGAGUGGACUAUCGAAUUUCGUGAAGAGCUCUUCAUCUCUGAAUUCAUUCAGUUUGAUCAACCCGAAUAAAAGUCAAUAUGAGGAUCUUACAACACCCAGCAAAACGGGAUUUAAUAAUGCAGUCAGAGAUGAAUAUCAGCGAGAAGAAGGCAACUUCAGCGAUGAAUACGGUGAUAAGAACGAUGUUUCGAGUAAACGUGAGAUCAGUUUUACAAUUGAUGAUAUUCAGAUGCGAGUCUCAUCAUCAUUAAUCGAUUUCGAUGCGGAUAUUAAUGCGAAUGCAGUUUCGACCGAAACGAGAGCAAAAACUGUUGAAUUAGCUGAGAGUGAUAAAAUGAAACCAAAGAAGAAGGACUGGGAUGAUGAUGCGUGGGAUAUAUUGAAUCAGUAA